UGGAAAAAACAAAAGAGACUUAACCGCUAAGAUAUCAUCCCUAGCUAUAAAUCCUCCAAAACCAGAUCCAACACUUCCACACAAUUCCAUGCUGACACGAACACACGAAGGAAGAACGAGAACAAGAACAAGAACAAGAACAAGGCACCACGCAGUGAAACAGAGCAGCAAGAAAACCAUGCGUAACGAUGAAGAAGAUGGACGAGGAGGAGGAGGAGGAGGAAUCACCUGCGGUGCUGUGACGGUGGGGCUGGAUCUGCAGGCUUUGCCGGAGGGAUGCAUAGCCAACGUCAUCUCCCUGACGACUCCUCCAGAUGCGUGCCGGCUGUCGUCGGUUUCGAGGAGUUUCAGGUCGGCCGCCGAAUCCGACUCCGUUUGGAGCAGGUUCCUGCCGCCGGAGAUUCCCACCAUCCUGUCUCACUCGGGGCCUCACGCCCCCAGUUGCCGAUCCAAAUCCAAGGAGUUCUACCUCGCUCUCUGCGACAAUCCAGUGCUCAUUGACGAUGGCAAAAUGAGCUUUUCACUAGACAAAUGGAGUGGGAAAAAAUGUUACAUGGUAUCUGCAAGGGACCUUGUGAUUGUUUGGGCUGAUACUCCUAACUAUUGGAAGUGGAUUUCUCUGCCCGAGUCCAGAUUUGAGGAGGUUGCUGAGCUUGUUGGUGUUUGCUGGCUUGAAAUCCGUGGCAAAAUUGACACUCGCUUGCUGUCCCCAUCGACUGUGUACAAAGCUUACCUUGUGUUCAAGUCAACUGCAGCGGCUUAUGGAUUUGACUACCAACCUGCCGAGGUCAGUGUAGGUCUGGUUGGAGGAGAAGAACCCACAAAGAACCCAGUGUUUCUUGUCGCCGAUAGUGGCCGGACUCAGAGCUCCCAGAUUGUGCCAAGGCGUCUUGGCCUACACCUGAGAAACCGCAUUUUGGUGCAAGUAUCCCAGCCCAGAGAGACCAAUGACAAUCAAUACCCGAAGGAAAGAGCAGACGGGUGGUUGGAGAUUGAGCUGGGUGAGUUCUUCUGUGAAGGAGGAGUAGAUGGGGAGUUGGAAAUGACUUGUUUGGAAACCAGCGGUGGUCAGUGGAAGGGUGGUCUUAUUGUUCAAGGCAUUGAGGUCAGGCCAAAGAGGAAGUCCUAGCUUUAGUAGGAUUCGUCUGAAUUAAGGGUUUGAUUUUUUAUUUAUUUGCUGUUACUAUUCUGUAAUUUAAGAAAAAGGAAAGAAGGACUCCUUUUACAUUGUAAUUUGCUGCAAUUGAGAUUAAUGAAUGAUCUGCAUUACUUUGA